AUGGUAGAAACUACUCUUCCGUCUGCUGUUAGCAGCACUUCCCAGAUCACUCUUACUCCCGCUCAACAAAUUGAUUCUUGUCAUCCCUAUUUUUUAACUUCUUCUGAUAAUCCUGGAAUUAACCUUAUCAACAUAAGCUUUGAUGGAUCUAGUUAUGCAAACUGGCGUAGAGGAGUUCUUAUUUCCCUUUCGGCUAAGAACAAAUUGGGGUUCAUCAAUGGUACUUGUCGAUGCCCAUCUGUUGAUUCUCCUCUCUUUGAGCUAUGGAAAAGAUCCAAUGACAUGGUCAUUGCAUGGCUUCUCAGCUCACUCAGCAAGGAUAUUGGAGAAAGUGUGAUUUAUUCACAAACUGCUGAAGAGUUAUGGAAUGAGCUCGAGCAGAGGUAUGGUCAAGCUGAUGGCACAAAAUUAUUCCAACUGCAAAGAGAAUUAAACAGCAUCAGCCAAGGAUCUAGUGAUGUGGCGGGAUACUUCACUAAGCUUAAAAGAAUUUGGGAUCAAAUGAAGGUGCUUAAUACCUUCAUGAUAUGCAACUGUGACUGCAAGUGUGGUGCAAAAACACACAAU